CGCAACUCUAUAUACCCGCGGCAGCUUCCUCUCCUCUCUCCCUCCGGUCCAUUCUUUGGCCUCGCGCUACUGUCUAAAACCUCUAGACGUCUAUAAAUAUCAUAGAUAUAAAGAUACAUUCUCACAGCACCAUGGUAGAAACAGGUCUUCCGGCGGGAUGGGAGGUUCGCCACUCCAACUCCAAAAACCUCCCUUACUACUUCAACCCUGUGACCAAGGAGUCUCGCUGGGAGCCCCCCGCGGACACGGACACCGACAAGCUGAAGUUCUACAUGGCAAACUACCACAGCGGGCCCGCCGGACGCCCGGACGGAAACGGUCUUACUGAGGGGAAGAUUCGCUGCAGCCAUCUGCUCGUCAAGCACCGGGACAGUCGGCGGCCCAGCAGCUGGAGGGAGGCGGAGAUCACGCGGUCAAAGGAGGAGGCCAUCGAGAUCCUCCGGGGCCAUGAGGAGCGCAUCCAGGCGGGUGAAGCCAGUCUGGGAGACAUUGCCGUGUCGGAGUCCGAUUGCAGCAGCGCCAGGAAACGCGGCGAUCUGGGCUUCUUCGGGCGCAAUGAGAUGCAGAAAGAGUUUGAAGAUGCGGCCUUUGCCCUACAGCCGGGCCACGUGAGCGGCAUCGUGGAAACUGCUUCCGGUGUCCAUCUCAUUGAACGUGUUCAGUAAAUCUCACGAAUGGCAUAUCGAUUAUAAAUGUCCCUACAGUUGGAAGAACCCAUCAUAUCUAUAUACCUCGAUUCCGGCAGGAUUUCACAAUGCCAAGAUAGCGUUGAAUAAAUUCCAUGAUGUAGCUUACGUGAAUUCAUCACGAUGAAGGGAGCCUUCAACCAGGAAACAAGGCCGUAGGACCGUUCGACUGACAUGAUCUAGAUGCGAGGCAGCCAGCCCUAUCAUAUGUCUCUUGGCUGAUGCCUACUAUACGAAUGGUAACACCGCUACUCCAACAAAGAAAAGGU